AUGAACAAACUGGUGCGGCGGCAGCCAUGGACUUGUGCCAGAUGUCUUCGCCAGCAACAACGAUACCGCUCUACGGCCACCGGAGCUGCAACAGCAACAGCCACGCUCGAUUCCUCUUAUGAGUCUGCAUAUCUCCACGCGUCACCUGCCCGGAGCAGUGACAAUGCUCUGCUCCGCGAGGUCUUUAACAAAAAAGGCAAAUGGCGCACUGCGGAGAAGAAGAGCUCGGGGCUAAUAGGGAACAAACAUCUCACCACUCCACGAGGAUUUCAAAAGUUCGCAGAGACAGCAGUGGCACAAUGUAAGAGGGUGGUGGAGAGGACUCUGGCAGCUUCUACGGUCGAAGAGUACAGAGCCAUCCCUAGAGACCUUGAUCGACUGAGUGAUCUGUUGUGCCGGGUCAUAGAUCUGUCCGACUUCAUCAGGAGCAUCCACCCAGACUCGGCGGUCGCGGCCGCAGCUUCGGCGUCGUACUCGCUGAUGUUCCAAUACAUGAACGAGCUGAAUACGACUACGGGCCUCAAUCAGCAACUGAAAAAGGCGUGGGACAUGCCGGAAGUCCUGUCUCACUGGAAUGAAGAAGAGAAGACGGUGGCCCAGCUCUUGAUGAAGGACUUUGCAAAGUCAGGUAUCGAUCUGCCCGAACAGCAGAGACAACAAUUCGUCUCUCUCUCCAAUGAUAUUGCUCAGGUAGGAACGGAUUUCGUCAAUCAGAUGGACCAUGCCAAGGAUCAUGUUACCUUCUCGCUGAAGCAGCUUGACGGCGUCGAUCCUACUCUAGUUCAAGGCAUGAAGUCCUGGGAACGAGUGCAAAUUCCAGUCUAUAGCUCGGCGUCCAAGGUGAUUCUGAACUCGGCCAAAAGUCCCGCUACGCGCAGAACUGUCUAUGUGGCCGAGCGUACGGCGUCGCGACAAACAAUUGCCCGACUGGAACAACUUCUUCUGCGCCGGGCGCAGCUGGCUAAACUCACGGGCUAUGACAGUUACGCUCAGAUGACAUUGGCCGACAAAAUGUCCAAGACUCCUGCCGCUGUGAGUGAUUUCCUCGAGUCUUUGAAUGCCAACAACAGAGUUCAGGUUCAGAAAGAACUCGCGCCACUUCUAGAGCUCAAGCGAAAACUCGACGACCCGAAUGCGUCAUCAAUAGACCCUUGGGAUCAUUCCUAUCUGCUGGCGAAGCUGGCGCAGUUUCAGGCGGCCGCGGGACCUCGGACGUCCAAGUCUCGCCUACGCGAAAAUGCCAGUAACUACUUCGCCAUUGGUCAUGUCAUGCAAGGGUUGUCCAACCUGUUUGAAUCGCUCUAUGGAGUGCGGUUGGUGCCGAAAGAGACUUGCCAGGGCGAAGUCUGGCACCCAGAGGUGAGGAGGUUGGAUGUUUAUACCGACAAAGAGGAGCACAUUGCGACCAUGUACUGCGACUUGUUUUCCAGGCCUGGAAAACUGCCUAACCCAGCGCACUUUACACUUCUUUGCUCGCGCGAGAUCUCGGACGAGGAAGUGAUGGACUCCCAACAACGAGGAGAGCCUUUGAAUGACGGCAUGCCUACGAUUAUGGGCCCCAGUGUCUUGAAAAGGGAUCCUCACGCCCGUGCGAACUACCAAAUCCCGAUCAUCGCGUUGGUAUGCGGGUUUCCAGACCCAAGUACCAGUGUAGGUCCAGCGCCAUCGCUGUUGUCGCUGCACAGCGUGACGACAUUGUUCCAUGAGAUGGGCCACGCAAUCCACAGCAUCCUAGGUCGGACAUCGAUGCAAGGCAUCUCCGGAACUAGAUGCGCCACAGAUUUUGCCGAACUUCCGUCUGUGCUGAUGGAGUAUUUCGCGACCGAUCCUGCUGUGCUAAAGAGUUUUGCUCGACAUUGGCAGACGGAUGCCGUUAUCCCGGACGAGCUGCUGACCGCCCUCGCCGAUGAGAGGACAACGCAGGCUGAAAGAUCCGGAGGAUGGAAUAAUGAAGCCCAAAUCCUCAUGUCCAUCCUCGACCAGGUCUAUCAUUCCACAGGGCCUGUCGAGGCUCUACGAACAGGUCGGUACAACUCCACAGCCGUCUACCAUGAGGUGUGGAACAAGUAUGGCAGUGUACCUGAACCCCCAGAGACAGCAUGGCAGGGCUUCUUCGGCCAUUUGUACGGCUAUGGCGCGAGUUAUUAUUCGUAUUUGUUUGAUAGGGCUAUUGCUCGGCAGGUCUGGCGCACCGUAUUCAAAGAUGGACAGAGCAACGCCGCUUUGGACAGGGCCGCUGGCGAGCGUUUCAAGCAGGAGGUUCUGCGCUGGGGUGGUGGCAGAGACCCUUGGCUGUGCCUGGAGGGCCUAAUAGGCGAUGGCCGCGGUGUAUUGGCCGAAGGAGGCCAGGAGGCCAUGCUGGAGGUCGGCAGAUGGGGGGUCGGAGCAUCGAGUGAGGGUUCAAUGUGA